GACCCUCUCAACUGGUUGGUUCGCCAGUCCGAUUAAGCCGCAAAUGGAAUAAUGUUGAUUGUAGUGCUACUCCCUCUGGUGAUAACACUGUGUUUAGUGUUUGCCUUCGUUCACAGAAAGUUAUUGCAGUUCCCAAAUCUUGCAGGGCCACCGGAAUGGCCAAUCGCCGGAAGUGCAACGGAAAUUGUGAAUCUCAGCUCCAUUGAGAUAUUCAAGCUGCUACGCAGGUACGCCCAGCAGUAUGGGACGGCGUAUAAGCUGAGCUUUUGGUACCAAUACACGCUGGUGUUUGCCAAACCGGAUAUUGCUGAGAAAAUUUUGAACACUCAAUCCUACGCCUCAAAGUCCGAAGACUACGAUAAAGUUGCAGAAUGGAUCGGAUACGGAUUGCUCAUUUCCAAGGGCGAGAAAUGGUUCAAGCGACGCAAGGUCCUCACCCCGGGCUUCCACUUCAAAAUCCUCGAAAGCUUUGUGCGAGUUUUCAAUGAAAAAAGUGACGUUCUAUGUCGUAAACUCGCUUCCUACGGUGGAUCCGAGGUGGACGUGUUUCCGACGCUGAAACUCUACACCCUUGACGUCUUGUGCGAAACGGCCCUUGGCUACAGCUGUAAUGCUCAGACGGAGGAUUCCUUCUAUCCGGCGGCUGUUGAAGAGCUGAUGUCGAUUCUGUACUGGCGGUUCUUCAACCUGUUUGCCAGUGUAGAUACUCUGUUCCGGUUUACCAAGCAAUACAGGAGGUUCCAUAAGCUUAUAGGAGACACGCGAGAGUUCACGCUGAAAAUAAUCGAGGAGAAGAGGAAGCUGCUCAACGAACUUCAUGAUGAGGGGGCCGUGAAUGAAGAAGAUGACGAAGGGAAAAAGAAAAUGGCCUUGUUGGACCUGCUGCUUCGGGCAACCGUGGAUGGGAAGCCCCUCUCAGAUGAUGACAUCCGAGAAGAGGUGGAUACUUUUACGUUCGCCGGACAUGAUACUACUGCGUCCGCUUUGACCUUCCUACUGUUUAACAUAGCCAAGUACUCAGAUGUCCAGCAAAAGUUGUUCGAAGAAAUAAGCAGCGUCGUGGGAUCCACCUCUGAACUCUCUCUUCACACCCUCAACGAUUUGCGCUAUCUGGAUUUGGUCAUCAAGGAAUCGCUACGGUUGUAUCCAUCAGUGCCGAUGAUCGCUCGUAUUGCCACCGAGAAUACCAAACUGGACGAUAUGCCCAUACCGAAAUGCACCUGCGUCAGUGUCGACAUCUUCCAAAUGCACCGGGACCCGGACCGUUUCGAAGAUCCGGAAAGCUUCAUUCCGGAACGCUUUGAUGCCAUUAGAGAUGGUGGGAAACAUAACGCGUUUACAUACAUCCCAUUCAGUGCCGGCAAUAGGAACUGUAUCGGUCAAAAGUUCGCGCAGUACGAAUUGAAGAUAGCGGUUGUGAAGCUGAUUCAGACGUUCCGACUGGAACUGCCAUCGCCAGACAUAGAACCGAUCUUAAAGGCGGAAAUCGUACUGAAGCCAGCCGAAAAACUUCCAAUUCGUUUCAUUACGAGGACCACUAAAUGAUUUCUCAGGCAUCAAAACAGCAAGCAAUAAAAUGACAGGAAACCGAUUUAUUCAAUAAAAAUAAAACCAUAAAAAUAAUAAUAAUAAUAAUAAUAAAAUUUUUUGAUAUUACUUAACGAA